CAGCGCCAAUAUGUAUUACUUCUGACACACGGCCUAGUUUCACACACUGCCGACAUGGCCAUGCUGUACACCCGUCUCAUCCUCACAGUUGGAGCUAUCUUGGUGGACAUAUGUCACAAACACGUGGUUAAUGCCCAGAACUAUCAGCUGACGUCAUCAUGUGGAGGGUCUGUGCAGGCAGGGGGAAGCUGUACUCUGAUGUGUUACACAGGAGAAGCUUCACAUACAGCUAUACAGUGGCUGAAUAGAACUACAUUCUACAGAGUAAGUCAGGGUAGCUGCAGCUCCACCUCCCCAUCUGUCCCAGCUGACUACACCACCUCCUGCCCCAGCUCCACCAACUACACCCUCACCAUCAACAACGCCGUGUACGGCAGAGACAGACUCAGCUGGAGGUGUGACUAUCAGUUUGGGGGCAGAGCGAGUAACCAGAUACAGAUAGAUGUUCCAGUUCCUCUGAGCAGUGUUACCAUUGCUAGAACCACUACAUCUGUCUCCUGUGUCGCUGUCUCCAACCCACCGCCGUCCAUGACGCUGUACAGAGACGGGAUUAGUGUGACCACCAGCCCAGCAGCAGUGGAGGGAAACACUGGCUGGACAGCCACCAUCAACUACCAGCUGACAGGCAACAGUAGGAACUCCCUGUACUACUGCCAGGCAUCCAACACACAGACUACCGUCAACUCUACCUAUUCCUAUCCGGAAAUUGCUGUCAGCAGCGUGUCCCUUACAACCAUCACAUCCGCCAACCAGGAAGUUGGGGCUGCUGAGGGUCAACCGCUGACGUUGACGUGUGCAACCUCGGCCAGCUACCCUGCAGCUACUGUCACGUGGUACAAGAACAGUGUUGAGGUAACAGUGGGGAUCUCCAGUAACAGCACCACUGGGGUGGCUGUCCAGACAACCAGUACCGUGACCUUCAACUCUGUGGGGAGGUCAGACCUGGGCCACACAGUCUACUGUAGAGCCACCAACAUCCACACCCCCUCCCCAGUACAGUCCGACAAUGCCCGGGUGGGAGUGUGGUUCGGACCAGAACAGGUUGAUGUCACAAUGCCAGACAACGCUGCAGCCUUCGAGAACAGAAACCUGACCCUGACCUGUACUACCACAGUUUAUCCCAACCUGACCUUCAACUGGGACUACAUUGAUGGAACACCUGUAGAUGGUAGCACAGGGCCUGUGACAGGAUCUUCUACCUGGUGGUCACAGACUCUCACCUUCAGGCCAAAUAAAGACAAGACCACAGUGAGAUGUCAGGUCAGAAACACCAGAACAUCAGCAACACAGACUGGUUCUGCAUCAAUGGAUGUCAAGUACCCACCGCCGGUCCCUCCUUCCAUCACAGAAUUUCAGACUCUGAUGUUUGAAGGAGACACAGAGACUAUCAGCUGUUCGUUGACAGGAGGAAAUCCUCUAGCUACUAUCACGUGGUCCUGUCCGGGCACUGGAUCAGCAUCGGUCAGUGACAGUGGUCAGACCAGGACAUCUGCUCUCUCCUUCGUUGUCAGCAGGAGUCAGAACAGUCAGCAGUGUCAGUGUCUGGGGGCGUGGCAGUAUGGAGGAUACAACCAAUCUGAUGUCAGGACAUUCAAUGUCAGCUGUCCAAAAAGCCAGCAACCACUCAAAGCCGAAUAUAACAUCACAGGUGUAAUAGCAGGAAGUACGAUAGGAACCCUCCUUCUUACCUUGCUGAUUGAAGGCCUAGUUCUGAUUGUCCUCUAUAGGAAGGGGUUCAGGUUUGGAAACAUCUUGAAAGGAGCUGCUUUACACAAAAGCACAAGGAAUCCCGAAAAAGAAGAAAUGGAAAACAUAGGAUAUUCAUCCUUGGAUCACGUCAAAAGUCCAGCUCAGUACCCAAGCAUGGAUAAAGAGGCUUCGGAAAAACAACAUUACACACAGUUGAAGAUUUAUGAGAAUACAAACGUCGAGCCCAAAUCAGAGACAAGUACAUACGAAGACAUGACAGAAGCUCCUCCAGUAUCGUACGAGUCCAUCAACGCAUCUCCAUAUCAGAACAGCGGCGCUCAAUCUCGAGUUUCAGAUCCUGACUAUGGGAAAAAGUAAACAAGCACUGGAAGCGAUGAUAUCACUGGACGGGAAAAUACGGUGCGGGAACUGAAAAUUAUGUUAAUCUUUCAUAUAGUGUACAUUUUUACGUCAAAAUAUGACUGUUAUCUUAUGGUAUUAAAUAUAUUAUCUGCUU